AUGAACAAGACAUAUCCAUUUAUGAGAGGAUUUAAUAUGCGGGCCAUGUCAUGCCACCUAACAUCAUCUAUAGCCUUUCUGGAUGCUGCAGGAAAUUUUACCAAAUUCAAUAUAUCUCCAGGUGUGCUAGAAGUAGGAAACAUCAAUGUACGGUAUUCCCGAGAAUCAUAUAUAAAGGUAUGCCAUGCCUAUUAUUGAGUGGGUAUAUUAAUGUACACCUGAGAGAACUGUUGUUAGUGUCUACUUAAUUAUACUAGAUUGAGGUAUCUUGGUACAGGGCGCUGUUUACAGAAACUAUAUAUUGAGAACGAUGUUUGGGGCUCACCCAUGCCAAACACAUGAGGUAACUGGAUUCACUGUCUAGUGAUUAAAAGACUAAAAGACCAAAAAAUGGACAAUGUUUGGUUUUAAAAACAAAUUCAAAAGAUUAAAAUGUUUGCAAGUAACUACAUUAAUGAAAUACAGAAUAGUACCAAAUAAAACUUAUCACUGCUCAAGUUUACGAUGUUCCAUAACUUGUGAACUUGUACAGUGUAACUCUGGUGCAUGAAGUGUUUGUGUCCAAACAUUGCAAAAGCUUGAUGCGUUUCUAUACAGAACAGUUUAUUAAAACUCAUGGAACUUUCUUAAUAGAUCAUUCAACACUCUGAGAGUCUAACCAACAAAAGUGGUCAUAUCAUUAAGCUUGAUUUGAACUGCACAGGAGGAUCAAGACGUUGCAUCAAAUGUCUUAUGUUUAGAGUGGAAGGAGUUUUAAAUUGUAAGUAUUAACCAACUGGACGCGUGUGUGGUGGAGUGUUUAAUACCUCGAACUCUGGAUCUAGAGGUCCGGGGUUGAAGCCUUGCCUGCGCAUUGUUUCCUUAGACAAGGAACUUUACUCCGCUUUGUCACUCUUCAACCAGGUGUAUAAAUGGGUAUCGGCAACAUACUGCUGGGGGGUAACUCUGCAAUGGUCUAGCAUCCUGUCCAGGGGGGAGUAGCGAUACUCCUUAAGGCAUGCUUCUUGCUAAGGACACCAGCAUAAGCUCUGGCAAUGUGGGCCUUUGGCUUGUGUGCACCCCUACCUUUUUAACCUUCAUUAACCAAUUAAACUCUAAUUAACAAAAUUCAAAUUGUCAUAAUUUACAUACAAAUAAAUCCUUCAAAUUUUCAGUGGCAGCAGCAAUUACCGGUACUGCUUUUCAGAUCGAUAUAAGGCAGAAAAUUUACAAGUUACCAAAUUUUUAUACGGUCCUUCAGUUUCCGCCAAGAAUCAUUUCUUAAAAUUUAAUUAUAUUAUUAAUGUUUUCUUGUUUAUCAAAAUUAAGUUGAUCACGUGACCAAUUACCGUAAAAGGAUGAUUUAUUUUGAUUUCAGUUUGAAUAAUAAAUUAAUAACAAUAUUAUUACUCAAUACUGAAUCGGGAAGGGGCGUGAGUUAAUUUGGCGUGCUAGUUAUAGAUUUAAUUAAGUGACUGAACAUUACUCUGAGAGCAGUUGUGUCAAUAAAUUAACAGAGGCUCUAGCAGACAGACUGUAAAAGAAAUGUGUAGAAAUAACAAAAUUGCUGACAGAAGUUUCAAGUUUAUUUUUUAUACUCAUAACAGUAAUAAUAUUUAAAAUUCUACUGACCUGCAGGUAGCUAAGCAAAUAAAGGCGGGUCAGUCUAGAAGGAGCUGCAACCUCCUCCUCUCUAAACUCCAGCCCCUCCUUCCAACUUCCACUAAAUCUACCAAUCAUAGUGGGGAUCAAGUGGCCCUUGUAGAGAUGCUUAAAUGGGUGAAUGUACAUAUGUGUCAACUGUUCGCUGGGGAUUGUCACAGAGAGGUGGCAUGGCCUAUGUCAGGUUUAAUUGUAUUUUGGUCCCAGAGAAGUUCAUUAAUUUUUAAUAUAUUGAGAAUUUCAAAUAAUAAUAAUAAUAAUAAAAAGCUCCAGUAGUUAACAACCACUAUGUUUAUGGUUCUUUUUGUGUGUCUCAUUGACAGUUCCAUUGUGCAACUAUACAGGGCCUACUACACCUACUACUACACCUACUACUACACCUAUAACAACUACGUGUACUACUCCUCUUACAACCUCUGUAAGUAUCAGUUUUGUCUAUUGAAAAGUCUUAAAAGAACAUUGCAAAGGGUUUGAACCCAGGAGCAAUGUCAUAAGUGAAAUAUGAGUGUCCUGGUGAGUGUAUUUCUGAAGUUGUUGCAGACAGUAUUUGACUUUUGGCAACUCAGUACAUAGGUCAUCAUCUGAGAGUCAAUAACCAACGAAUCCCCCCUCCCCCUGCCUUUCAGGUUGUCAAGACCACAUGUCGUAUCCUGGACUACACUAACCCAGGCAAUCAUUUUUACCUUCUUUUAAAAAAGAAAAAGUUCUGUUCUCUGCAGUCCAGUGAUGAUAUAUAGAUUUAGCCAAGGCUAAAAGGGAAGCUUCGAUAAUAUUUAUAGUUUGCUCAAACAAAAUAUAAAAUCGUGUAAUGCUAAAGGUAAUGUUACACGAGACGAUUCGCAACGAUGAUUUUUAGCGCAACACAGCAUUACAGCAUGGUUGCGGCAUUAUUUUGAAUGGUUGCAACAUUGUUGCAACAUUGCAACGCUGUGUUGCGCUAGAAAUCGUUGUUGCGAAUCGUCUCGUGUAACGUCUCCUUAAGCGGCGAAGGCAACGAGAACGCUAGAAAAACAACAACAGUUCUAAUUAGCAAAACAGCAACUUUGCACGUGCAGCACACUUUUCUUGUACAUUUCUUUGCUGUUGUUUUGCACGACUACAUCGUGAAACUUCCAGAAACUUCCUAGUUACACAUUUUAUCUGCAGGAAAUGUUGAAUGUGUUCUUGUUCACCUUGGUGGCCACUAGCAUUUCUCAUUUUCUCCCCGUCGCUAAAAAAAUUUCAUGUUCUUCCAACAAAAAAAUGUCUCCGUUGCUUUUUAUCUCUCGCUCUAGCUCUCAGUCGCUCUUCUCGUUGAGCUUCGCUGGCCUGUCACCUACUUUCUCUAUUUCUGUUCUCCAUAUUCCAGAUUUGUGGACAUGACCAUAAAUCUAAGCUUUUUACUUCAGGAAAUACGGAUACAGAAGCAAUUUCCGCUUUCCGUUUUCGUCUUUAUUGACUCUAGUUGUCCUGCUUCACAAGGUGCGGGUGGCUAUGCAAUUUCCCGCCUAAAUAACCUCGAGUUGCAUUUUGGUUAACCUGCGAUCAGGAGAUUUUUUGUUUUUUUUUUUGGCGAAAAAAAAAAAUCGCCUGAUCGCAUGUUACAUUUUGGUUGCCAUACCUGUUGAUUGAUUGAGUUAUUUUACAUUGGUAUACCUGUGGUGCGGACGGACGGACGGGCGUACGGUCACGUGAUUACCAAAAUUUCUCGGAUGAGUAGAUUAUCACAUUUCCUGAAAAGGACCCUCUAUCACUCAUAAUCUGAUCACGCGUGUUUUGACCAUCUGGCACGUGAAACCUAGGCAAAUCACAGCGUUUUGAACUUAGAUCGUUGUCGCCCGUCUUCCUUAGCCUUUUUUUUGUUACUAGUGUACCCAUAUAUGGAGUAAUCAUGCGCUUAGUGGGCUAGACCUCUCACCAACAAUUGCAGAACAUCAUCGUAACAUCUGUCAGCGCACUUUCAUGAAUAUAGUUAGCGAUGGCCAGCAUAAACUUAGAAAGCUUUUGCCGCCAGUAUUUUCCACACAAUUCAACGUAAGGCGUCCGCGCAUGUGUAAUCUCAUCGCGCUUUGUAAGACCAGUAGGUUCAAGAAUAGUUUUUUAAUGGUUCCAUGUCAACAGUCUGAUGAAUCUUGAAAUUGUUUGCAAGAUCUUAAGUGCUUUUAAUAAUUAUUAGUGUAUUUGCCUGUAUGUCUAUACACAUGUUUUGGGUUUUAAAAUACGUUUUAAAUUUUAUAUGUUAAUACGCAAUUCAGCCAUGUACGGCUGAGACGUAUUUCUUUCUUAAUAAAGCAUCUAUCCAAAUGAUCACUCCUUUUAAUCUGGGGCUAAAUACAUUACUAAGUUACCUAUAAAAACGGCAUUUUGCCCUUACAUCUUAAGUUCAUUAAUGGCAGCCUUGGAGGUUGUACACUGCUAUUUUACAGUAGCAUACUUAUGGUUUACUUUUUUCUUGGACUAUUACAGUCUCUACCAGUUGCGGAGAUUAUUGGGGGAUCCCUUGGAGGAGUUUUAUUCCUGGCUUUCAUUAGUGCUGCAGUACUCUACUACCUCUAUAAACGGAACUACAUUUGUAAAUCAAGGUAGCAUAUAUUAUUGUCUAAUUUAGCUAUAGGCUGGACGAGCCAGCAGCGAAAAGGCGUUGCGAGUCGUUGCGAGCAGCAAUCUCGAGCGAGCACGAGCGGGCAAAAAACGGCGGGAAGAGUCCCCAGUCCUCUCGCGGCUUUUUUUUACAUUUUUCUCGAUCCGUUUCCCUCACCAUCUUGGAUUCUGGAACAGGCUAGUUCAGCUACAGUAGAUGAUGUAUACAGAAAAAAAAUGUAUGUUUAAUUACUGCUGGUAAGAACUAGGAGCGUUGAGUAGAGUUAGAGAGUUUAUUUAUAAUCCUGUUAAUUUUUCUCAAUGCGACCUCGAUAAAAUUUCAAACGUUGAUUAAUUUUCCGUUUUCAAAAAUCCAGUUUGAUAUAUACAGCUAUUUCGAGAAAGGCUGUCGGAAAAAGUGCACGUGACAAUCCCGAAAGGCAUUUUGGGUGGUUUUAAGUUCACUGUUCUUUAAAGAAAUUUGUAAGAAUUGGUACGAAAGGCCGUGGAAAUGUGUUUGCGAGUGCUAAAGGAAACAAAGGUAGGUUCGACAGGUACAGUCGUCAGAAACAGCGUAUUGAUCAUAUCCCAUAUUACCUUUCGGGAUUGUCGCGUGCACAUUUUUCCGACAACCUUUCUCGCAUAGCUGUAUACAUAGAUCAAGGUUACAACUGUACGAGUACUUCUUGAACUUAAGAGCCGUCUUUCCAGUUGUCCUUUUUUUUCUUUUUUUUCUCUUUUAGCUAAGCUAAUGGUGUCAAUAGUUUCGCUUGAUUUAGAGUUAUGCUGUGUCUUCACCCGUAAGCUUUUCACCAGUAAUUUAUAUUUUUCUAAUUUUCUUGGUAGGAAACGACAAAAUAAUAUGGCUAUUGCAGGUAACAAGUAAACUGUAAACUUAGAUCUUUUUUCCAGCGCUCAUGCUAUGACUAUCAAUUACCUCACAUUUUUUAUUAUAUUUUUUAUGUUAUUUCUAGUGAUACCCAACCCAGCUCAACAGGUAAGAGCGUUAACAACAUCGUUAAAAAAAUUUCCAAACAUAUCACUACUUUAAGUUUUGCCUUUUUAUGUCCUUUUCUACUCUAAUUUUUUGUCCUUUUUCCGCUUUUUUGAAGUGUGACAGAGAAAAUGAAGAGCAUGUAUAUGCUGACCUCUUAGAUGUGUGUUCGAGUAACGACCAGAGUUCAGGUCGGUUAUGAAACAUCCUGGAUUUCUGCAUUUUUGUUUUUAAUCUAUCCAUUUUUUUCCUUUUUACGAAGAAGAUCUCAAACAGAUGGUGUUCUUCAGCAUCUUGAGUACCAAACUCACAUGCCGUUAGUCAGCAGGCUCUGCUGUAUGCUCUGCGGUUUUGUUACCCCUAAAAGGAGACGCAGCAAUCCUCAAUCCUAACCGUUUGCAGAUAUGCAGCUUUACUUUGUACCUUUUCGCGCCAACUGGGAGUUAUACCGACCCGUAUUUCGCUCGGUUCACCGGGGUAGAGUUCAGCUGAACUUACCAGGUACCCGAAGGAUUAGCAUUAGGGUGGGGUUGGCGGGGUGGGGGGAGAGAGACGGGGCGACAAAGGAGAUAGGAUACAUAUGACGUGCUAUAUACUGGGUUCAAGUUGGAUGCAUGAUAGUCUGCGAGUAAACCCUCUUUCGGGAUAUCGUGAGAAAUUCCUUUUCUUCUGUCCCUCGCGGCUUCACCGCUUACUCUCUAGUUAUCUCGUCACUCGCUUCGAUCUUCACUCGAAAUGGAGAACUUCGACCGUCUUCCAAUUCUCAAACUAUUGUUGACGGUUUUUGGCAGGUAAUUCAGUUGAAAUGAGGGAGCUGAAACAGUCAGAAGAGAAACCCAUACUACUUGUUUCAAAUCCAUAUGUAACGGAUUCAUCGCUAUCAAGUUCAAGGCCCCUACCAUUCCGGCCCGACCAAAACAAUGACCAUAACGUUGUUGGUCAAGGUGAUGUUUCGUUGGUCGUUGUUGGUCAAGGUGAUGUUUCGUUGGUCUUGGAGAACCCAGGUGGUCAAGAGAGUCAAUCUGAAUCAUUGCUAAGAGUGAAGGAUGACUUUGUUCAUCAGCAAGAAUCGAGUGAAGAAACAGAAGUGGAAUCGGAGCAUCAUCAGCACCAGCAUCAUCACGGGGAUGCAGUUGAUGGUGAGAGUUUCGUCAUUGAUUUCCCGAGUGGAGGAGGGUUUUCCCUAUACAGGGAAGGUUCUUCCCAAAAGGGUUCCUUUUUCAUGCGUCAGAUAUAUCAAAGGGUAGGGAUUUCACUAUAUUGUUGUAGUACAUGAAAGAGUAGGCAAAUCUGUCAUUUCGCUCUGCAAACGGACCUAGAAGGGCUAACAGACGUAUGUUAUGGCUGGGACGACAAGAAAACGUCCUGUUUUAAUGAUUUACUCAUAUUAAAAAGACGAUGAAUUUACAGGAGUUAAAAAAAGGGAUGUGAAAAGGGCACCAUUAGGCAAUAGAAGGUAUACGAAAAGGGUACCUUUUCUCUCCAAAAUUGUAAAAUCUCGCGUCCCCAGCGGGUAUCAAGCUCCUGUUUUCGCAGUUACGGGCAUAGUUGCUCUACCGCGAUUGAAAAACAAGACACUUUCUUUGGUUAUUUUCGUUGCCAGGGACUGAAGAUGAAAACCCUGAUUUAUAUCAGGGAUUGGAAAAAGGAAACAGAGCUCAGAGUAUGUUUAUAUGUCCGAGCUGUAACGCGAACUCAGAUUACCAGAGACUCAGCAGACCAGGACAUUGUCCACAUGAAGGAAACCAGGAGCGAGAAGAAAAGAGUCGAUCUUUUUAUGAGAGCUUAACAACUGAAAGAGGCGCUCGAGAAUCAGUGUAUAUGAACCCAUCGCGUGCCGAUGAGGUAAGGAUUUUUCUCUUUUCUUUUAGACCAUUUUUUUAUUUAUUUCUUCCCGAGCAAAUCAACUAGUGGCCGAGGAAGAAAUCUGCCGCCGGACUGGUGAGCUCUAUUGUCAGGUAACAGAUUUUGGAGCGAAUGGUCCCAUUCGAUUUUUGACCGGACCAAGUCAAUACUCAGGGUCUUGAAAUAACUGAGUAGUACUUAUGUUCCUCCUUUCAUUUGAUCUGUCCUCUGCUAAUGGAUAGGCUGAUAGGCUCUUCGGUUUUCUGAGAUGAGGCUGAAGAACCCUUGGAUUUCGGAGCGACUGGUCCGGUUCUAUUUCCAACCAGACCAAGUCAACACUCAGGGUUUUGAAAUAACUGAGUGGAAUGUUCUCUCUCUCAUUUCCCCUGAAUCUACAAAUGGAAAGACUAACAGACUUGCCAGUCUUCGCUAAAGAACCUUUGGACCCGUCUUACAGCAUCUCACUGAUUUGACUCCGUCUUGUGGAACAAAUUUAAAAGCUGAUUUAGCAACAGAACGGGGGCGUCAGUUGACGACUGCGCGCGCAAAUCAAACAACUGGCUUGACCAAUGGCAGAGCGUCAAAUUGGGCAUCGGAAGUCGAGUUUAGUCCUUUCCGCGCGCUUUCCCGUCGUCAAAUGACGUUCACCUUCUGUUGCGAAAUCCUAAAAAGAACGCAACCACUCACUAGGAACGCGGUAACAAUCUCUAGCGUUGACCACCUCUAAUGUCUUGCUGUAAUUGUUUGUGGGAAUGGGUAGGAAUGGCUGCUUGCAUGGGAACUGCGAAUCCCACCAUUUGGAUAGGUCUCUGUCCAAUUUGACCUGUUUGAUUACAAGGUCCUGGUAAUUGGACAGGUCAAAUCGCACAGUUUUGGUGCUGUAAUAGCAAAAUUAAGUAAUAAAUAUGGUACGUUAAGAAGACAUUUGCCUCUCGUCCGUGCCAUUGGGUCUGUUCUGUGGCUAGUAAAGGUAGGAGAACGAAAAGGAAACAAACCAAGGCUCUCCUGAGUUGCUUGUUGAUGGUAAUACACAUACCGUAAAAUUCCGAAAAUAAGCCCCGGGGCUUAUAUUGUUCAAGGGCCCUUUUUGAGGGGCUUAUCUACGGAGGGAAAUUUACGUUUCAAAAUAGAUUGGGCUAGCCUUAUAGUUGGAAGUAAAUUUACUGUUUUUGCUUUGUUUUACUUUGUAUUUGAGGGCAAUUUCCAAGUACAAGCCCCUGGGGGGCGUAUAUUUGGAGGGGCGAUUUAACGCAGGGUUUUUUGCGUUACGAGUUUGGGGGGCUUAUACUUGGAGGGGCUUAUACAUGGAGAGGCUUAUUUUCGGAAUUUUACGGUAUUUUGCGCAAAAAAAUACCGUAAAAUUCCGAAAAUAAGCCCCUUAAGGGCCUUUGAAAAAUGCAAGCCCCGGGGCUUAUUUUCGGAAUUUUACAGUAGUUUACGUGUUUAAUGAGACCAGUACUUAAACAUUUUAGGAAGAACAAGACAAUGCAAACAAGAUGCCUGAUUAUCACACAUUAGAACCAGACGAAACAGGUACGUGUUAUCACUGAGUCUAUACGCCUUAAUUGAUUUCUAUCCUCUCGGUCCCGAGCAACUUACAAACGUAAAAAAAUUGCAGUGCAGUUAAUCAUAGUUAAUGGAGGAGACUGGUUAUGAAAGGCGACGAAAAGUAAGGAUAAAAGGUAACGGUGCUGCAGUUUAUGUUGGAAGUUCCCUGACCGUUACAGUCAUGAUCCUUUGUUUUUUGCUCACAAAUUGUGAUGGAAUAAAUCAAUGCAACGUUUUAUUGGUCGAUAAGAUCAAAAUAGAGAGUUUAAUCUUCACGUAUACGCCAGAACUUCUCAAAAUAGAAAAUGAGCAGACAGAAACAGCUCAGAUAAUUCUUGUGAAUAACGUGAAAUUACUAAUUUAUGUGUAGAAAUAAUGAACAGUAGGCGACAAGCAAAGGGGAAACUUUGCGUUUGCCGUUUGACGUAAACGUGAUGCUUAACCUCUCUACUGAUAGGAAUGCUACUGAACCGGCUCCUAACGUUGUGCCCAGGCAGAUCAAUAAAAACAUAUAGCAAAGGCGUCUGGCGACCUUCAUAACUAUUCCACUCUAUUAACUACGGGUUAACAUAGCAUUUCUUAUGAGUCAUCAUAGCCAAGUGUUAGUAGCCUGCCUUAGGGGGUAGGGGAGAGGAGAUUUCAGAGGGCGAAGGUGGGAGGGAGGGGUAAGGGCUAGAGAGAGGGAGAGAGACGGGGGCCUGACACACAACCAUUAAGCGAACCGUGUGACAAAUCGAAAAUCUGAUUGACGGACGUCUCCUCCCCCCUCCCCCUCUGGCCUUCGAAAUCUCCUCUCCCUUGACCCUUAAGGAAGGCCUGACACUCAGGCUAGUGUAAAUAUAGUAUGAUUAUGACCAUAAACGCGACAGUUAGCAGAAAUAGUUCAGCUCCCCUUAGCUGACUUUGGGGCAAAAGAUUUGAAGUUCUUGUGGACGAUGUACUCAUCUCUUGCUUUUUUGUCUUUUUUGUCUGCUUUCCUCAUAAGAGCCAAACGAUGCCCAGGAGAAACCUACUACGCAUGACUACAAUGUGUUGGAGGAACCCGACCAAGCGAGUAUCGAACCUCUUGACGACAAAAAACAUGAACCACCAGUAAGCCCCAGAGCGGACAAUAGCCCCGUAUACGCGGAGCCUUGUAAGAAAAAGACCUCUAAGAAAGUUGAAUCAGGGAGCAGUGAACUUGACGAGGAAAAUAACAAAAUGGAGGAUGUUUGUCCCAAAGAUGAAGAUCGAAAUGAAAUGUUGGACCCAUCCGUGUUUGUUCAAGUGGGAGACAACCCAGCAAAUGUACUGCCUGGGACCGCUAAGAAGGCUGUAUCAGCGUCUAAUAAAGUCGACGAGGAAAGAAACAAAAUGGAAGAUGUUCGUUCAACAGAUGAAGACCCAAGUAAACUUUUGGAUCCAUCACAGUUUCUUAAAAUGGAGGAUAACCCUGCAAAUGCGCUGCCUUGGAGGAAGAAGAUGGAUGACGAAGAUAAAUCACCUUGCUGCGAACUUGACGAGGAGAAACGCCAAACGGACGAUACUCGUCUUUAAAUUUUUACUCGAGUCGAAAGGAUACAUUAUCUCUAUCCUAAUAUUUCGUGAUUGUUUUUACAAGAGGGCCGUACAGCUAAAGAGGAAGGCCAUUUGGCAUAAAUUAUUUAGCUUAAAAUAUAGUUUUCUGCAUGGCAGGUUGUUUAUAUCGAUCAAACUCUGCUCGUUUUUAACGAUUUAAAAAUCGUUAAAUCAUUUCAUGUAUCCUUUACACUAUCAAUAUAAAUUUGCAUGCUGUAGCAUCACCGCUUAUUGUAAGGUGGUCAGAUGUGCCUAGUAAGCCUCACCUUUUAAUUCCUUAUAUCAACACAUUUUCUCCCUCUGGUAACAGAUACCACCAGUUCGUAACUGACAGCAAAAUGUAGAAUCGAGAAUUUCACUUUUAUGAACAUAUAAUUCUACCCCUUAGUGAACAAACACCUCGUGAUGGGAAUCGGACACCUCAAGAAUGGCGCUCUCUAACGCCAACACUAACUUCACUGCAAAAGCGGCUGAUAUUCAUGCAGUGCACACUCUAAAUUUAAACGGAGAGAAAACGAGUACAAGCUACAAGUAAAUGGCACAGGUUAAUGAGUAUCGGUGUCGUCCUAUCGUUACCUAUGUUACCAGUAAAUUAUCUUUAGCGUAAAUCAAAUUUUCUAUUCGUCCUUUUGUAUUCUUUCAUGGUUCUCACAAUCUUGAAAAGAUGUUGAAUUUUACUAGUCGUCUUGAAAAACUGUAAUUUGUCCCACAAAAAUCCUUGAAAUAUCCUUAAAAUUUCUUUGUCUGAAGUUGUACGAACCAUGUCUUUGAGGCUUUUCCAAGGUAACUCACAUAAGUAUUAACUGCGAACCGCUGUUUUGGUCUUUGAUUUUUGGCGGCUUUAAACAUAAUCAGUCAAUCAUAUUGAACGCCAUGUGUAAUAUAAGUGUAGUAUAUAGAUGCCGAUGAAGUCAAGGCCGUGAUAGAGCUUAAAGCUUGUUAGAGUGUUAGUGAUGUUAAAUAAUGUAAAUCAGUAGUAUUACCGUAAAUGCUCGAAUUAGCGCCCGGGGCGCUUAUUUAAUUUUUUAAGACGAGAAGGGGGCGCUUAUUUGAAGGGGGGCGCUUAUUUCGUUUAUCAAUUUUUAGCCUCAAAAUGACACUAUCUUUAUUUCUGAUUAAAACCAACUUUACAACAUAAAAAUUCAAAAACCAUAUAGAAAACUACUUUUUGGGAACUCGAAACGUUCUUAAGACUUUUUCAUCAAAAAGUGUAUUUUAUUUCUUGCAAUAGAACAAGCAUUUGGAUUCUUAAUCAACUUCAAUUUCUGUAUCGCUGUCCUCAAGGAUGGAUAUGGAUAUUUCUAUCAAGGAAAUGAGAGGCAAACCCGUGCGACUUUGAAAGGACAUUACUGUUUAUACUAUUUAACAGUGUCACAUUUCAUUAAAAGAACCGUAUAGACUGUAUACGUCUCGUAUAUCGUACCGAGUACCGAAACUCAUUUUUUCUCGGGAGAGGGGAGGUGGGGGGCGCUUAUUACAAAUUUCGAGCCUUAGGAGGGGCGCUAAUUCGAAGUAGGGGGCUUAUUUGAAGCUGGGCGCUAAUUCGAGCAUUUACGGUAGUUGUUCUGUCCUUGUUGCUUGGAGUAAUCUCCCCCAUUAAUUAAGACUUAUUAUUUAAGUUAAUAAAUAAUGUAUUUCAAAACAAGGUGAUAUCACUAUCAUAAAUGACAUAUUCGAGAUGUAGUUUCUUUAUGGAAGGUUGUGUACAUUAUUCCCCACUGGGAAGGGGGGGGGGGGGUUCUCCGGAUUUCAAGUGAUAGGGAUGAUCGAAUGGGGGCAAACAUCUCAACCCAUAAAAAUCCCUAGGACUUCAAACAAAACCCCCCGAAAUCCCUGGACCAAAAUUUAACCCUCGAAAAAUCCCAUGCCGAAUUUCCUAGCCAUAAACAUGUCAAAAACAUGAAUAUUUGAAACGUCGGUUCUGAAUACCCAAAAAAUCCCUACUUCAAAAAAAAACUUUCCAACCCAAAAUAAUCUCUAGAUCGAAAAUUGUAAACCAAAAAAUAUCCUUCGAUCAUCCCUGUCUCUUGAAAUCCAGAGUACCCCCCCCCCCUUCCCCCCGCUGGGUUAUUCCCCUUCUUAGAUCUUCUUUUGGUUGAGCCUGUGCCAGGCUCUCAGAUAGUAUAUAUAGUGGGAACGUAUUAAAACAAGCGAAGCGAAAAUACGACGCGCACAACUAAACGACUUUCCACCACCAUCUCGGAGCCUGGAACAGGCUACUUUUGGUUAUGUAAAUAAGGCUAAGGGAUGCCUGGUUUUUAAAUUUGAAUUUUUUUAAAGGGGGUGUUGCCUUCAAGAUAUAUACCUUGCGAAGAAAUCAUGACUUACAAGUCACUUAACGAGUACUUCUCCAUCAUUUAUGAAUAUAUAUAUUUUUAUUUUUCCGAUUAAAAGUGGCAUGAAUUUGGUCUCAAUAAUAAAUUUAUAAACGGUGCCACAGUACAUAUUGUACACCAGUGCAAAGUUUCGUUAACCUGCGUGGCAUGCGUUGAAAAGGGGUAAAAGGGAGGGGGCUAUUUCUCUCCCCCCACCCCCAUGCCCCUGUCCUUUUUGAGCCUGCCACGCAAGACUGAAUUCUGUGGCUGAACACAAGGAGAAUGUUGGUAGGGCUGAGUGGACCCCGAGACUGGGUGAGUCAGGUCUUGGGAUCUUAAAGUACGUCGUUUGUUCUCAUCUGCAAAUGGUCAGACUUUCUAGUGUUCUCGGGCAAGGUUGGAAAACUGCAGUUUCCUUCAAAUGAGACCUCUUCAGAAAAACCUUUGCACGGUACUCAUGUUCCAACUUUUGGCGAGUCUUCGCGGAUUUCCUGCAGACAUCAAGGCGGCCAUGUGCACACUGAUCGAUGGACAGGAAAAAAGAACGUUAUCCUUCAAUAAACUCUUCUUUCAUGCAAAUUCUAACGGAAAACAAUCGAAAAAACCGUGUCACGUAGCUAGAUUUCGUCACAAACCGGCAUUUCAUUACGUUUCAUCGCUAAGGAGAUAAGAGUUCAAAAACUCAUUAAUAAUUCAUGAGCUUAACAGCCUAUCAGGUCUGCUAAAAUCCGUCACGUGCUCGUGUUUUAAACUCCGGUAAAACACUGUCAAACUAAAAAGCCUGGGGCGACAUUUGAUUUCAGUCUUAGAGGAGUGCGGGGCUGAUUGUAUUUUGCUUUGUUGAGAUUCUUUAUUUCAAAAUUUUAUCCUCGUUAGUAUUCUUUGUCCUUAUAUAAAAAAUACUAAUAAGGAUGACAUUUUAUUUCAAUGCACGUGACCAUGAAUAUUAAUUAUCAGAACAGCAACUGACACAACAAACGGUGGGUGAAAAUUUAAUGUUCUUUCAAGAUAACACGCGCAGUAAAUUUACCACUUCAAAAACUUAAACUUUGUUAUUUCAUCAAUUUAAUCAGCCAAAAGUUCAGCGGUAAUAUUGGAUAUAGCAUUGUCCAAGCGUUGCACUCAAGACUUGCCAGUUGUGUAUACGCAAGCUUAAGGCUCGAGUACUGGAUUUUUGUUUACCUACCAUUCAGCCAUUCCAGAAUUUUUUUUUCCAAAGACUACUUUUUCAGUGGAAUACCGUAAAAUUCUGAAAAUAAGCCCCUCCAUGUAUAAACCCCCCCCAGCCCUAACUCGUAACGCCGAAAAUCCUCCGUUAAAUCGUCCCUCCGAAUAUAAGCCCCCCGGGGGCUUAUACUUGGAAAUUGCCCUCAAAUACAAACUAAAAUGAAGCAAAAACGGUCAAUCUCCCUCCAACUAUAAGAAAGUAAAUCGAUUUUGAAACGCAAAUUUCCCUCCAUAGAUAAGUCCCUCCGAAUAUAAGCCCCUCCAAAAAUAAGCCCCUCAAAAAGGCCCUUUGAAAAAUACAAGCCCCGGGGCUUAUUUUCGGAAUUUUACGGUAGUUAACUUUGCGGUACCUUUUUCAAUUAACUUCCUCUCUUCCUCGGCAUUUUUAGGCUUCCGAAAAGCUCUGAACAAGACGCAUGUCCUCUUCGGAUAGUGUCGUUCGUAGACUAGAAAGUUUCUAAACACCUGUGAGAUUUGAUUUUCCUGCAUAAUAAUUUAAUACGUAAUGUUUUUUUCGUAUGCUAAUUUGCAACGUUCACAAAAGCGUCAUUGUUAUCAACUCCAUUAAGACACGCUUUUCCAGGAAUCUUUUUGAAGUCGUUCAAUAAACUAGCGGGUCGUGUUUUUAUCGGGGUAUAAAGCCACUAGGCGAAAUUUAUACCCCGAUAAAACACUCCGGCUCGUUUAUUAAGCAUUACAUCAUAAUAGGUCAUAUUAUGAUCUUUUGGCUACCGUGUAUUAAUUCAUGUUCGCCGCACUAAACCUGUAUUGUAUCAGGAGUGCCUGUACGAUAGAUCUUUACACGUAUCCGUCCAAGUACUUGUCUUCUUCUCAGAAAAGCGAAUAUUUUUUCCGCAAGUUCAAGAACAUUGUAUGUCCCCUUCUGUUUAAAAACAUUUAUAUUUUUUAUAUAUACUGACUGGCUUGAAAUCGUUUUAAAAUUCUUUCUCCCUUAUUCUGAAAUAAACUGUUUUGUCGACAAAGUUUGUCUCGCCCGAUCACUUUAAUUGUCUCCUCGUUUUCUUUUCUCCAAUUGAAUUCUAAAAAGAUAGAGGAUUGGCCUAAUGAUAAAGUUAAGUCACAUUAUGUAAACAACAAACUUGAUAAUAACUACUUAAGCAAAAAAAAUAGCUUUAAGGUAUUUGAGAAGACUUAAAAAACUUGCUAGGAGAGCAAUGGAGCAUUCUUAAUAUUUCACGCAAGAUCAGUUACUGUGACGUAAUGAGUUUUCGAAAUUUUCCGUUUUGAUCCGUCCACUUCACUUUAGUGACGCGUGGAAGCCGAGUGGCAGGAAAUAGUUUCCGUUUGAAUAUUCCUUGACGCUGACAAAUUUGUUUUGCUCAGUAUCUUCUUUUCUGAGAAUUUGGAUAAAACCAAAGCACGCGCCCCAGGAAUGCAGAACGUCCCGUCACUUUAGGUUGACGUGCGGCUAUCCGAUUAGCGCUAACCCGGGGUUAAAUUUAAAUUCCGGUUUCUUUUUCUUUUCUUCAAAAGCGUUUUCUCAGAUAAUUUUCUAUAUUCUUUUUUGAGCGUCUAUCAUAGCAAUUUUUAGACAAAAAGAAUUAAACUGAACUGCCUUUUGACUUCAACUUUCGCAUUAACCCUGGGUUAUCUUUUGGGGGCUUUGGACAACCCGGACGACUCAUGGGGUAUUACCCCCGUCACCGGUUAACCAAUUAACCCGGACAUUCUUUGGGGGUUAUGGGAUAUCGAACGGAUCCCAUAUCCGGAUCCACAACAACCAAAAGUGAAAAAAACUGAGAGACAAGGAAAUAGUUCCGUCAUAAUCGUCAGUGUGAAGUAGUUGGAAAACCUUUCGUUCUGUUAUGGUGGCUAAAGCGAGCUUCGGUAUAAUUUCAAGUCUGAUCAAGAAACCUGUUUAAUACAAAAUGAAUUCGAGACGGAUGCUUUUAAGGUUGUUGCGGCUGGGCUUAUUAAGCUCACUUUUCGUUCAUCAAACAAGACCAGCGUUGUCUAUCAUUGAGGAAUCGGUGAAGGAGUUAAUUGUGGAAAGGAGGGCUUUUGUUUUCGACAAAUUUACGGUUAAAAUGAAAACCGGCCGUACCUGUAACUUAACUACUUGCACUUCACUGGGGGCAGAUUAUCUUGUCUUAGGUGGCAGCUCUUGCGAAUGCCAAUGCGGAAAGUACCAGCCCUUUACCUUUCUAUCUUCAAUACAGAGGUGCGCUCGUACAACCCAAGUACGCGUCUUUGGAGGUGAGCUUGGCAUACAUCAUAUUAGCAUACAUCAGAUUGCACUAUCUUGUGCUGCAGUCAUUUUUCGCAAAUAAAACAACACGGUCGUUGUAUUUUGCACGCCGAAUGGCUCUGAAGUAAAGGCUUAGGAAUGUUUCAGGUCAGUUUUCCCGGUAUAAUGACCCUAAAUAAAUCCUGAUUCACUCACCUUACUUACCCUAUACUAAUCACAAUAAACUUCAGAGUCAUUCGGCAGGACUUUUCCGCGGGUGGCGGGUGGCGGGUGACAGGUGGCGGGUGGCGGGUGACAGGUAGUGGGUGGCGGGUGAGGGGUAGCGGGUGACGGGUGGCGGGUGGCGGGUGGCGGAUUAAAAAUAUAUAUGAAAAUAAAAUAUUAUAAUAAAAUGUUAUUAUUGAUAAUGAUAUAACUGUAUGUUGUAAUUUUAAAAUAAUUUCAACGUUUAUGUACUACCUACCAGACUCCAAAUAAAAGUAUUGUCUUGUUUGGUUUUAUCUACUUACGCGGACUAAAAAUGGAAAAAAAAACGAUAAAUCAUGCCUGUGAAAACAGUCACCUCUCCUUGCUCCGCACUGCAAGUGACGUUUCGUCAGGCUACACGCGGUGUGUCAAAUGAAAAUGGGCUACGUCAAGCAAGACACAUGGCACAUGUCGAUCUUGUUUGUCUAGUUUGCUUUUUCUUCCACAUCAAGACGAAAGAUGAUUGCACUUCCCCAGCUGUUUAGCCAUGUUUAUAACAGACUGCAAGAGAUUCGGCCUCCCGUGUCGUGGCUCAGUUUUUUCCCUAGUAUGCGGCAUGAUUGCCAUCCUAAUCAGUAUUUUUAAGUAGUAUUUAAAAAAUGCAGAUCCUUUUUGUAUAUAUAUACAACGAGAUCAAUUCGCGUCCGAGACGCCACAUGCGGCGGAAACGGUCCAUCCUGUGUCAAAAACGUUCUUGCUCCUUCUCUGGUACGCAUUAACGUUGACAGCUUUGCUGCUUUAGUCUUAGGAAAAUUUCCUUGUUUUCUCGAAAUAGACAGUUUGUUCAUUUUAAACUACAAGUCGGGAACCAAAUUGGCAAAGAUUUAUCCCACGGGCAAUGCAAUGUUUAUUCCAACUUAUAACAAAAGAACAAACGCACUUGUCAAAAAUCUGAGACACUGUUCAAACAUGUCGAGAAGAGAAUGCGAUCCUACUUGUCUGGUCGCAGGAUAAAUAUUACUUUAAUUUUUAUGAGUUCCUCAAGCUAUCUCGUGCAUGCGAUAUCGUGUAGAAUAAUAGAAUAUCUUGCAGUCUGUUAUAAACACGGCUAAAUAGUUGGGGAAGUGCAAUCAUCGUUCGUCUUGAUGUGGAAGAAAAAGCAAACUAGACAAACAAGAUCGACACGUGCCAUGUGUCUUGCUUGACAUAGCCCAUUUUCAUUUGACACAGCGCGUGUAGCCUGACGAAACGCCACUUGCGGUGCGGAGCAAGGAGAGGUGACUGUUUUCACAGGCAUGAUUUCUCGUUUUUUUUUUUCCAUUUUUAGUCCGCGUAAGUAGAUAAAACAAAACAAGACAAUACUUUUAUUUGGAGUCUGGUAGCUAGUACAUAAACGUUGAAAUUGUUUUAAAAUUACAACAUACAGUUAUAUCAUUAUCAAUAAUAAUAUUUUAUUAUAAUAUUUUAUUUUCAUAUAUAUUUUUAACCCGCCACCCGCCACCCGCCACCCGUCACCCGUCACCCGCUACCCCUCACCCGCCACCCGCCACCUGCUACCCGCCACCCGCCACCCGCUACCCGUCACCCGCCACCCGUCACCCGUCACCCGCCACCAGCCACCUGCGGAAAAGUCCUGCCGUUCUUCAUUUGGCAUUCAGCGAACUACAAAACACCGAAAUGACUCUGAAAAUUAGUGUCAAAUUAGGGUUAGGAAACUGUUUUCAGGUCUGUUUUCCAAGUUUUCAAAUGACCCUAAGUGGAACCUGAUUCACUCAGUUUCCUAACCCCAGUCACUAUAAACUCAGAGUCAUUCGGCAUUCAGCGUUCUGCAAAAUGCCCCCUGCUGAAUAAGACAGCUAGUUUACCGAGUUCGAUUUCUGUAAUACAACUGUCCCUGUUUAUAUUGGAGGGUUCUAAUUUAAUAACCUUAAUAAGUUGUGCUAGAUUCUCUUUUGACGUGAAAUUGAUUUGGCUGAUUUUGUUUUAUGUGAAAUUUGUGAAGGUAUAAAGCAGAACAGAAGACUGCAAAUGAACAUGCAUUUUCAGAUUUAAAGUGCACCGUGCAUCUUGAUCAGAUGUGUUUAACAAAUAGAUUCCAUAAUUAAUGUUGCCAUGCAUCUGUUCAGUAAUAGAUCACAGAUGACGUCAAAAUGUGGUAAAAACAAAGAAGUUGCACAUGAGCUGCAGGCGAGUGUGUCACUGAUGUUUUUAGCACAUUUUGACGUUCAGCUGUGUGAUCUGUUUCUGAACAGACCCAUGGCAAGAAAGAAUCAAUUUUUUUUUAUUCAAUGAUCAAAAAAGAAAAAAGACCAAUACAGAUAGCUGCCUUGUACCACAUGACUGUUCUAUGAAUUGUGCUAGGUUUAUGAGGCAUUUUUAAGUCCCAACACUACUUUUCAUCUCUGCUUCUUCUUUUUUCCUUUAUCUUACUUGUAUACAGUUUCUUCAAAAAGUUUCUCAACUUCUUUUGUUGCUCAAAGCAGAAUAAUGGCUUGAGAAACAUUUUGCAAAACAGUGAGUCUCUGAUCUCGUAGCGAUGACACACAAUGACAACUGUGUGAAGAUUUCUUGUAGUAUAGGCAUUAUCAAGUAGUGACAUCAUCCAUGUAUCUGUACUCUGAUAGAUAAUGGGCAACGACCAAUCACGGCAUGUGUAGCAUUCACGUCAUUGUAUAAACGAGUAUAGAGACAAACUAUCUCACUGUCGGUUGGGGCUUAUUUGGCAAACUUUAACAGUCUUUAACCUUUUUUCAUGCAUUUAAAUGUAGCUAGUAUUUAACACAUUCCAAACUUAAAUUAGAAUGUGUUUGUCCUUGGCUUUCAAAGUACUAGAAGAUUAAAUUUGAUAUCAUAAUUGCCUUUUUUGUUCUCAUGAUCACUAACUCCAAGAAAAAGGUUCCUUUGCAAAGUGCCUGGGAUUAUACUGUUUUGACAUGAGGCGAAAAGUUGCCCACAAUUUAGCUGGUUACCCCAGUUUCAGGGUGCAAAGAAUAGCAGACAGUUUUACAGCCUUGGGCACUGCAUCUAGCAUGUACUAGCCCAAAAUUCACUUCAUCUAGAAGGCUGAAAAAAAUUUUGAUGAGCAUUGAUUGCUGCAGUGAGUACAUCUGUAAUUUGAACUGGCUCUCUAAGACAUCACUUACCUGUCCGGAUAGUUAAGAACAGUCGAAUUCACUAGCCUGACAGGAAAAUAUACUACAUUGGAACCUUGAUAUUACAAACCUCUAUAUAACGAAGUCCUUGGUAUAAUAAAUGAUUUUCUUUCAGUGUUCCAGUUAAUUCUUUCAAGGGUGGGUCAUGUAGACCAUCUGAGGGGUUACCCAGACCACGUGCUAUUUUUUAUGUUGUAUUUAAUGUGGCAUUUAUAUUUCAUCUGUCGGGUCGGCAAGGCUUCUUGGUUGGGUCAUUGACGAAAACUUUACCAUUAUUGACCAUGCCCCCAGGAGUGAAACAUAAAAUUGAACAAAUUUACCUUUGGAGCCCUCUGACUAUUGGAUUAAUUAUGUAAUGAUCUGGGCCAUUUUUGAAUGUUUGACAUAAAGUUGUAGCUCUUUCUUAUACAACUAGGCAUAAAUAUUAUGAAGUACUCAAUGACAGUUACAUGUUUUAUUUUUCUACUCACAGGUUGUGAUGAGUAUCUAAAUGGCCGCCACAUUUUGUCUUAUGACACUAACCCACGCCAGCAGCCAGUGGAUCUGAUAACAGCAAGUUCAGUGACACUUUCAGCUACACAAGCAACAAGCUGCACUUUUAAUCAAAAAUACUCUGUUCAUGAUUACAGUGGCUUUCAGAGUAGAUGGAGAACCAUCAGCGACAGGUUUUUCAGUCUGACUAUGACAAGUGGGAAUGGCAAAUUUAAUCUUAAUGUAAGAGCUGCUGAUUGUUGUAGUCAAUGAUUUACUGUAAUACCAAAAGCAGUUUAACUUUAAUUUUAUUUCACUCAAUUUUCAGUAAUGUAAGUUAAGGAUGUGUUACCUGUUUUGUAUGGUUAUGCAAGCAGUCAGUUUUUAGGGUUACCCAUGUUUUCCAUGGAUUUUGGCUGAUAUACAGUGACACUCUUAAGAAGUACCUAUCACACCCUGUUCUAGGAGGCAAUUACAAGCUAUGGUUGACAUCACCUUGUUUGACAAAAAGUUAAAUCAUGUAUCUAAUGUUGAGAUGCACAGUCAUUAACCCCCUAUAACUCCAACCAGUCAGUUCAGCAUACAGUUAAAUCUGAGAAACUACGUACCCACCUAGUUUCCCCUUGAUCGCCUAUAGAUCUUAACAUCUUUCCCUAAGUAAGAAGUGAGUGUUGGCUUUUAAUAGGGGAGUAGUAGGUAGGCGCUUUCUCUGCAACUUUGGCAGUUCAAUCCCUCACCAUACCACCAACCAGGCUUUUACUGGUGGCUGUGAUUACCACCUUCUUGAUCCAGUUCAGAGGAUCAGGUGAUCAAUAGCUGUUAGACUUGUCUUGUAAAGCAUUGAAACAUGUUCUUAUCAGUUAAGGGUCGCAGUAACUAUAACAAAACAAAUGUAUACCUGACUUGACUGACACUUUCAUAAAUCUUGUGUACAAUAUCAGGUCUCAGCUGUCUUUUAUCUUCUAGUGGGAAGCAGACAGCAAUGGAACACUGUCUGGCAAGAUCAUCCGUAUUCCUAUUACUUGUACCAAUGCGCGAGGUUCAAGCUCAACACCAUGUUUCCUGAUAAAAGCAAAAGGAGCUGUCACUUGUGAGUACAUUUUCUUUUUAAUUUGUUGGUGACAUCCUAACAGUUUCUUUUAAUUAAAGACAGGUUUGUCCAGCUUGGAGUAGUCUCUUUUUUUUUCUUCAAUGAAAACAUUACUUUAAACAGAAGCAUUUUUCACCAUUCUUUUCCCCUGGUAAUGUAUACUCGGGAGUUCAUUAAUUUAAAAUGUACUUGAAUCACUUAUGACAUCAACGGACUAUGAACAAUUACUUACAGUAAACCGAUACAUACUGAAACCAUUUGUCGUCCAACUGACUCUAUCAUAAGGCCACAACUAUAUGGAAUUGUUGUGAUUAAUAACUCCAAACAAUAAUAUUUUUCUGUGUUUAAUCUGAAAUGACCUACCCCUCGGAUCCCUCAAAGCCAAAUGAUUGCAUGGACCCAUAGUUGAGAAGGGACACACAUUAACUUCUGUGUGAUCCAUUCAGCCUUUUGUCUUUUUGCGUCAGAGACUAUACUCAAAAGUAGGUUGAGUUUGAUCGUCCGGGUGAAUGUAGUCCUGGAUAGGACUGUUGUUGUUGACAGUGACUGACGUUUCGACAACCUGUGCGGUAGUCAUGUUCAGAGUCAAAGUGAGUUGUAUCACGUCAGUUGAUGGCAUUAUACUCUGGUUAUUGAUCUGAUUGGUCAAUUACGUCGCAAAGUUAUUGGUCGUUAAGCUGUGAUGUUAUUGGCUAUGAAGUUACUCGUAAUCGCUAAUUGGUGCGUUUCGAUCUGUCUAUUGUCACACUAGUUAAACAGUCGUCUAUCGUUAGUCAAAUUGUCAGUUCAGUCGUUCUCUCAUAGUUAGUUUUGCUUGAUCUCGUCAAUAAGUUGUUUGUACGGCACUGGUAACUGUUGGCUAUGAUUCAGAAGCAUUUGUUCUAAGUUAGUAAACCAGCUUUCUAAAGUAAGAUGUUGAUAGUAGUCUGUAGAAUAUGUUAUACAUGUCGCAGAGUCCCAGUCAAUUUGAUGUUUCAUCUUUAAAUGGUACUCAACAAUGUGAUUGUUGACGUCACCAUUCCUCGUCGCUCGUUUGUGUUCGGUCAGUCGCGAUUACCGAUUACAAGUCUUCAUAGCCAAUAACAUCACAGCUUAACUGACAGACGACUAAUAACAGCGCGACGUAAUUGACCAAUCAGAUCAAUAACCAGAGUAUAAUACUAUCAACUGACUUGAUUCAACUCACUUUGACUCUGAGGAUGACUACCGCACAGGUUGUCGAAACGUCAGUCACUGUCAACAACAACAGUCCUAUCCAGGACUACAUUCACCCGGACGAUCAAACUCAACCUACUUUUGAAAUGACUCCUGGGUUCAAACCUUCCACAGACUAUACUCAAUUCAAAACACAGAAUUGGAUUUGGGUUUUACCACAGGCAGCCCAAUAAUAACAGUAUAGAAGGAUCUUGUCUGAAAACUCAUGACAACAAAUUUGUUAAUUCUUUCUUUCGUUACAGAUUAUGCCCCACCUACUCCUACAAUUUCAUCAUCAUCCUCAUCAGUCACGGUAUCUAUGUUGUUUUCUUCAUCGUCAUCAGUGAUAUCACCUCCCCCACCCUCAUUAUCACCAUCAUCAUCAUCAUCAUCAUCAUCAUCAUCGUCAUCGUCGUCAUCAUCAUCAUCAUCAUUGUCAUCACUGUCAUCACAUCUACCACUAUCAUCACCGAUGUUGUUCACAUCAUCUGUGCUGUCACCAUCACCAUCUUUAAUUGGGAUUUUAAGUACAAGAACAUUGGGAGUGUCACAGACAGUUUCCUCAUAUCUCCCAUCUGCACAGAUUCAAACUGCAAAAUUAUCUACCCAAGCAACACCACCAACAGGAAUCCCACACCAAUCCACUGGUGCAGAAGUGAAACCUUCAAAGGUAGGUCUGUGUUAAUUCUCCCAUCUGAGGAAACAUGAUAUUUCCACUGAACAAAAAGUGAAUUAAAUUGUCACUCACAACUUGUCAAGAGAAGAUUUUUUGGUUAAUUAUUGCAUAAUGUGGUACAUACUUAGACGGCAUUUUUUGUCCACUUUAGGCCAUUAUAACUGCAGUGUCUUCUAGUUCUGUGAUCAGUGGUGGCCCGCCAGGUGACAGGGAAAAAAGGACAAGUGGAAAUGAUAGUGGGAUUGUUAUUGGUUCUGCCGUGGGUGGUGCUGUAGUUCUUGGAAUUUUGGUCAUCAUGAGCAUUGUGGUUUGGAAACGGAGAAAGCCAGGGUAAGAAAAAUCUAUUUAUUAUAUAAAUACCAAUGAAAUACAUGUACCAGGAAAACUUCAUUCUAAGCUCAGUUCUAAAAAAUAAUAUGAAGGGAAAUCUGAUUAUUACUUUUGAUUAACUUCUAGUCUCUUCUUAUGCAUUAUUUAGUGAUUCGACUGAAUAAAUUUCUUGAGUCCUAUUUUGCCAAAAAAAAAAAUUAAUUUUUUUUUGGCGGUUUUUGUUAUUUUAUAGGAAAAACUCAGACAAGAAAGUUAAAACAGGUAAGGAAUAUAUUUAAUUGUUUAUUUAUUUAUUUUUAAUACAUUCGUAAACUGAUAUACAUGUACUCAUUUAAGGCUGUUUAAUUAGCAAUGUUAACAGGACUGGGCAGAGUCCAAUUUGGUCUGUAAUCAUAUGGCCGUGUAGCGGGAGUCCGAUUUGGUUAAUCACGAGUAUGAUUACAGACUGAAUUGGACGACACAAGGUUCUGUUACCAAAAUUUGUGAUAUAUAAGGCUCUUUUUUUAAAAUUAAUCGAAACAGAAGAAAUUCCAAUUUUUUUUUGCUAGCAGUGAAAAAAAGCCAUUUAAGGACGUGCGUGAUGUCGCAUACUGCCCAAUUACUUAGGCAUGAUGCAUACUGUCCUAUUAAAUUGUCCUAUUAAGGCUCAAAUCAGGGCAGCUGAUAGCCAAGCAGAUUCAAGAAUUUUGUUAUGGUUAUGAUUAUAUGCUUUACAUUUUGUUGAUGUACGUUCUUAAAAUGUUACAUAGUUGUUAAUCAUGUCCUUAUCACAGUAUAAUUUAUUUCAUACUGCAAAUGGGUCUGGAAUUUUUUUUGUUUUAACUUUUAAGUUGAGAACCCUGAUUAUGGUAACUCGGGCAAUGAGAUCCAGUUGGAAAUGCCAAAAGGAGGUACAUUACCUAUUGCACAGGAAGACCAACCAACAUAUCAAGGCCUCCUCAACGACAAUAGUGAGUUUACAGCUAUUUUGAGAAAGGUUGUGGGAAAAACUGUGCACGCGACAAUCCCGAAGGGUAAUAUGGGAUACGAUCAAUACACUGUUCCUGACAUUGUAGCUGUUGAAAAUACUUUUGUUGCUUUCCUUUAGUACUCACAAACUUAUGUCUAUGGUUUCUUGUGUCAUUCUUUCAAAUUUCAUUGGAGAACUGGUCAUUCAGUACUACCCACAAUACCUUUCAGCAUUGUCGCGUACACUUUUUCCGACAACCUUUCUCAAAAUAGCUGUAUGUUCAGGGUGCAAAGAAAAUCAUUUUUACAGCUUGCCAUUUGGGCACUGAAGCUGAAGCUAGCAUUUAGACGUCAUUUCAACUAGCCCCAAAAGCUUUUUGACGAGCACAAUUGGUUUCACAGUUCUUCUGUUAUUCGAAUUCCUCAAAAAACAUCACUUGCCUGUUGGUUAAGUUAAAAACAGAAUUCACUGGCCCAAUAGCAAAAUCCACUAGCCGUGGGCUAUCGGACACGACUUUCUUUGCACGCGGAUGUUUAUGUUAUAAUGUGCAUCAAGUGUAUCAUGCAACUGAUUUCCUAUCAAUUUGGACUGCUAAGAAAAAAAAUUAAUUUUACAAUUAUGUUACAAAAUGUUUAUAUUCCAGGAGUAUGUGAAAUAAAUAAUCACCUGCUAUAUUGCAUCUACAAUAAUUAAUGGUGUUAACACAGAUAAGAGGGUCUAUUAAACUGUAUUUGACUUGACAUUGCAAAAAUUAAAAUACAAAAACAUGAUCAAAAUUGAAGGGUUGCCUAGAACAGAGCCCCGACUUUGGAGGGAAUUUUUUUACAAACCCCAUAAUAACUGUUUUUCCUAUAUUUCCCUGCUAGGGCAAAGUAAUGGGGCAACAAUAUACAGCAGUGCUGAAGGAAACUAUGAUAACUGCACUGUGUACCAAACCCUUGACAAAGAGAAUCCUGGGCCAUCUGUGUACCUUGGACUGUCUAAAGGUCUGCCAGAAGGAGCUCCAACCACAGGAAUACCAAACUCCAAACACACCACAAUGCCAAAUCCUAAGCUGAAACCAAGUGCUGGAGGGAUACCAUCUUCUAAAGCAAAUGGCACCAUAGGGGUACUUAAAUCCAACUCUGCUACAGGUCAGCCAAAGAGAGGACCCAGUAUAUCCCAGGAACCUGUCUAUAAUGUCCUCGAUGGACCUGGUACAGGACCAAGGAUUAAAACAGAGCCAGUGUAUAAUGUGCUUGAAGGACACGAAUAUGCAACCCCAAAUGCUGACCCUUUGUAUAAUGUUCUGGAGGGCCCUGAUUCUAACCGGAGUGUAUCUAAAAGUGGACCAAACACCACAGAGGAAGCUGUGUACAAUGUGCUUGAGGGCUCUGAUACCACAAACGGCCCCACUACUAAGCAAGGUACUGAAAAUGAUGCUAUUUACAAUGUGCUUGAGGCCCCAGAUUCUGACAAGAACUCAUUAGUUUCUCAGGGCCGUUCAGGUCCCGGUAAUGAGCCCCUGUAUAGUGUACUUGAGGAACAAGUUGGAGAUGGAUCAAAACAGAAUGCACCAAAUAAAUCAUCUUCAAUAGGUGGAGUCGCUAAUCCAGCAUAUGAGCAAACUCUUGAUUUUGGUGCGUCAUAUGCUGCUGUAAACAGACCAGGGGCACGUGGAGACUCACUGUAUGAGCCCCUGAGGCGACCUGGACAAGACGUGUAUGAGCCCCUUGGCUGAAGCUAGAACCUCCACAACACUGUUUUUAGGCCCCGCCUACAUGUAUCCUAAGAUGCUAUCUUAGAAAAUACUUAAGCCACCACGAAAUAAGCAUUUUAAAUUGAAAAAAGUACAAAUUUAGUUGUCCAUUUUGUGACAAACAAACGACCCUUUCGUGAAUUCAAGUAAUAUGAACAUAGGGUUGUUUUCUUACUUACUACUGACUCACUCUCUUGCUAACCUCGAACUCACAGUCUAUAAUUGUCCCUCACGCGUGGAAUCAUUCAAACUCUGCAUGUGUAGGGCAGUGCCUUAUUUUAUUCCAAAGUUUUUGCAGUAGCAGGGUUGUCAUUAAGAGCCGGGGGCCGGGGAUUUUCCCCGGCUACUUUUAUUGGAAAAUAGAACCAAAAUAGAAUCAAAAGAAAUCCCUAGCCGUUUGAUUCCCUGCCUACUUGUUGUAUUUACCCAGCAACUUGAAAUCUUAGGGACAACCCUGAGUAGUAAGGAGCGAGGGGGGCCACCCUUUCACGCCUCGCGUGCCCAGACGCACACGUGGCCACUUUCUUCGCAUGCGUGUUUAACUCCAUGGAGGAAGAAACAAGAGGUGCUGUGUAGUAGUCUACAGCGUAUUAUCUCAUAGAGGCAUUAAUUAGCAAAAUAGAUUAAUUAUUACAUAUUAUUGUCAGCAAUGACACGAAUUUUCUACGGUUCUCGGUCUUCACGAUUCUAAAAUAUGCGUCUGUUGCGAUACAUAAUUUUCAUAAAUUAUCUGUAACUGGUUAGUUAGCCAGUUCCAGGCGUUCAGAUAGUAGAGCGUGGCGGUCAGUGGGGAGCGAGUUAAAUUGUACACCAG